GUCAUCGACAUCAGACCGAGCAGCGUUAAAUAAGCAGCCAAUGAACGCUUUGUUCCCCGUCAGUAUAAAAACCUGUGGUCCCCCGCACCGCUCGCUGAACUGUGAGUGAGCAGCUGACGGUGACGGUGGGGCGCGCGAAUGGCUCGGCAGCUUUUACGCGUUGACUGUCAUGCAUAAUUGCUUGUUGACGGAUGAAAGCGGCGGCAACACCAUGCAAACCUCUUUAUUGUCCGCGGCACACUCUCCCGGGAUACCUACAGCUGUUUCAUUCAUGUGGAAAUCAGGAAAUCCGCAGUCGCCCAACUGGACUGGGCUGGAGAGAGAAAACGCGACGAGUCUCGGCGACUUGGACGCAUUUGAGAACCGACGCGCGCAGUAUGGCCAGUUUUCUCCAUCCACCUCAAUAUUCAUUACUGUGCUUAUGACACUGCUGGUGUUCGCCACAGUCCUGGGGAACGCGCUUGUGAUUUUAGCUUUUGUGGUUGAGAAAAGUUUACGCACACAAGGCAACUUUUUCUUUUUAAACUUAGCCAUCGCGGACUUUCUUGUCGGCGGGUUUUGCAUCCCCGUGUAUAUUCCCUAUGUCUUGACGGGUGAGUGGAGACUGGGCAGAGGUCUGUGUAAACUGUGGCUGGUGGUGGAUUAUAUGCUGUGCACCGCCUCAGUCUUCAACAUCGUGCUCAUCAGUUUCGACAGGUUUCAGUCCGUCACUAAAGCGGUGAGUUACCGUUGUCAGAAGGGCAUCACUAGAGAGGCUGUUUUGAAGAUGCUCUGCGUGUGGCUGGCAGCGUUCCUUCUUUAUGGUCCAGCUAUUAUCAGCUGGGAACACAUCGCAGGAGGAAGCGUAGUGCCAGAUGGAGAGUGCUAUGCCGAAUUUUACUUCAACUGGUAUUUUCUGAUGACUGCCUCCACUGUCGAGUUCUUCACACCUUUCAUAAGCGUCACUUACUUCAACCUCAGCAUUUACAUCAACAUCCGCAACAGAUGCGCAGUGAGGGAAGAACAGCCGACUUCUAUUCGGCUUAGGAGCUUCAAGAUGAGGCCAGUCGGAACCGGAGAUGUACAGCGUGUGUUUUUUGUGAGGCCUGUCGAGGAAAGGGAGGUCAACUUGUCCUCAAGGUCACGGUGCUGCCGGUUACCUUCUACCGCAAAGGUGUCUGCUGCAGAGUUUGGUAACGUCAGACAGACUAAACGAAGAGACAGCACAAUCGCAGACUUGCCUCCUCUGCAGGUCGGGGACCGGAUCCUGACAUCCAGUGAGGCACAGUUUCAUUACGUGGAUCAUUCGGCUGGAUCACACAGACACCGUCCUGAUAUGGUUGCCAGUCUAGCCAGCCGCUUUCGCCUGUCUAGAGAUAAAAAGGUGGCAAAGUCUCUAGCUGUAAUUGUUUGUGUUUUUGGACUCUGUUGGGCACCCUACACACUGCUGAUGAUCAUUCGGGCAGCAUGUCACGGUCAGUGCGUCCAGCACUACCUUUAUGAGAUCUCGUUCUGGCUGCUGUGGAUAAACUCAUCCAUCAAUCCAAUCCUGUAUCCUCUGUGCCACAGCAGCUUCAAAAGAGCCUUCAGCAAAUUACUGUGUCCGAGCAAAACAAAAAUUCAACCUCAGAAUAUGGACCAGAAGUAUUAAAUUUAUGAGGAUGCCCGCAUUUCCAAAUAGGGCUUUUCUUUUUGUGCUUGUAUCUAGCAGUACAUUUUUCUUUGUGCACAUGGUGAGUGAGUAGACCGAGAUCUUUUAUCUACAUAUUCAAACUCACAUUUUUGUAAGAAAUGGUGGGAUAGCUAUAUUUCUUCCACAUUCAAUGAUGAAUUAUUGACCUGUUUCAUAAAUUAUGUAUACAUGACUGGAAGUGUCUAGCGCAGUGCCAUGUUUGCCAUUGUAAAUAUUUUUUUCUUUUUUCAAAAUAAACUACUGGUGAAGUGAUGAUCAUAAUGACUAUUAUACCUCUCGAAACCACAGUCUGCAAUGAGAACAACUGAGAUAUCUCAAACCAUGCUGUUCGUGAUGAUUGUAUACUGAUUCUACAUGACCGAUGCACAGGGAUUGCUGGCGAAGCCUGUAGUUCCCCUAGCAACUGUGGGACAGACUAAAUACAGAGAAACAGGACUCAUUUCUUAUAAUCAUAUCAAGAUAACUAAUUUAUCCUGGAUUAUUUCAGGGCUUAAAGCAAAGUCUGAACACUUGUCUCUAAUCAACGGAAAUAAGAUGUACAAUGCAUUAAGAUUCUGUUCAAACACAGAGAUAUAGAACAACAAGAAAGAAAAUCAACAGACAAAUAUACUUGCAUGUAUAAAAUAACCAGUACCAAUGUUUCUACCAGCAUUCACUUGAAAAUUUGGCUUCAAUGCAUGCUUAUUAACAAUAAGAAUAACAGCUGAAGUCAGCAUUAAAAUUUCAAAUUCAAAUCUGUUUUCUAAAUGCAUGUUAUAGAUCUUAUUGUCAACAAUGUACAUGUAUCAAAUUGUAAUGUUUAAUUAAAAUGCCAGGAUCAUCUAGUGAAACG